GCAAGAAUCAUCGAUCAGACGGGCGCGGCCCUAUUUAUAGCCCCUCGCGCACUACUCUCCCCCACAUCCCAACCGGGCCGAGCACAAACGAAGCACUACAGACCUCGCGGCCAAAGAAAGAGAGGCAAGAGCAGAGAAAAUCAGCCACGAGAUCGAGCAUGUCGGGCGUGUGGGUGUUCCGGAACGGCGUGGUGAGGCUGGUGGAGAACCCGACGUUGGGCGCGGCCGCGGCGGCGUCGGGCAAGCGCAAGGCGCUGCUGCACACGCCGUCCGGGGAGGUGGUCUCGUCGUACGCGUCGCUGGAGCGCAAGCUGGCGGCGCUCGGCUGGGAGCGCUACUACGCCGGCGGCGACGUCGGGAUGCUGCAGUACCACAAGCGCUCCUCCGUCGACCUCAUCUCGCUGCCCAAGGACUUCGCGCACUUCGGCUCCGUUCACAUGUACGACAUCGUCAUCAAGAACCGCGAUGCCUUCCGCGUCAUCGACGCCUAGGCCGCCCGCCCUCCGUUGAGUUGCUUGCCUGUUCAUCUAGCCAUGCAUCUAGGUACGUACGUGCGUGCGUGCUUGUUCUUGUGUACGUGUGAUCUGUAUGUACGUUCUUACAACGUAUAUGUGUGUAAUGCCGCACGUGGCGUAUCGACGUAUAUUGAUACUACACGUGUGCAUAGGCCUUCCAAGGAGUCGUGGAUAUGGUCGAUUUGCAUGCUGUGGUAAUUUUUUUCACUGCCUUUGUGUCUA